GAGAGUCUAAGCAGAAAGCGAGCAAAUAGUAAUUCAUUUGUUUUAUUGAGGGCCUUGCUCCCGGAAGCAGCGCUCCUUUUCGCAAGGCAAACGAACCUUAUCGUGAUCCGUGUGCUACACCCGAUUGAUCCUGGAAUAUACACCAACAGCUGGGUUGUGUUGGCCGGAUUUGAAUUUACCAUUAAAAUUGAGAACAUUUCCCAGUACUGGUUUUCAACAGUGUUGCAACCAGUGAAGACGAGCACUAUGGUGCUUGAGUUUAAGAUGUCAAUCCACACUGUACUGUCAUUGGUAAUCUGCUACUAUGUACUCACCGGUACUACAGUGAUGAGUUGUCCAGCAUCAUGUACGUGUGCUGGUGCACCUUGGUACACUGUAAAUUGCCAGUAUCGCAGAUUAACAAUGGUGCCUGGUGGAAUACCGAAUACAACAAUAACUCUAUUUUUGGACAUUAAUCAGAUCCAGAAUUUAAGUGACGGUGUGUUCUCUGGUCUACCAAACCUCCGAGAACUAUAUUUGUACAAUAAUCAGAUCCAGAAUUUAAGUGACGGUGUGUUCUCUGGUCUAACAAACCUCCAAAGACUAGAUUUGGAUAAUAAUCAGAUCCAGACUUUAAGUAAUGGUGUGUUCACUGGUCUAACAAACCUCACAACACUAUAUUUGAACAAUAAUCAGAUCCAGACUUUAAGUGACGGUGUGUUCACUGGUCUAACAAACCUCCAGUACCUACAUUUGUACAAUAAUCAGAUCCAGACUUUAAGUGGUGGUGUGUUCUCUGGUCUAACAAACCUCCAAGGACUAAAUUUGUACAAUAAUCAGAUCCAGACUUUAAGUGGUGGUGUGUUCUCUGGUCUAACAAACCUCCAAGGACUACGUUUGGAUAGUAAUCAGAUCCAGACUUUAAGUGACGGUGUGUUCUCUGGUCUAACAAACCUCCAGUACCUAUGGCUGAGUGGCAAUCCUCUUAUUCUGAAACCAAGUCUCUAUGUCAAUUUAUAUGGUAUCGGCACUAUCUCCACCAACUCCUGUUACGGGUGUGUCAUUCUUGACUCACAGGUUGCGGUGUACUUGAAUCAAGUGUCAAAGUCCUGUGCACCUGGACAUUUUCAGAAGUUCAACAAUAACGGAAGCGUUGACUACUACUGCCGUUGUAAUGAGUCCGUACCAGUUAUUACACCGAAUUGUUCAUCACCUGGAUACACAUGCCUGGCAAAUGGACAAUUUCCAAUUUGUUUUGGAUACACAAAAUGCCAAAAAGCAGGCUCUACUUACAUGUGCACUUGUGAGGAGGAAUUAAGCCUGAAUCAAUCCAACUGUUACAUAGCUGAAGACUGCCAAAACACAGUAGAAGACUGCGGAAAUGGAAACUGCACCAUGGACUACUCACCUGAAUCCCGAAUAAAUAGUGAAUUCAAUGAACCAUCAAGUCCACUUGGUGGAGCAUAUUCGACAAUCAAUGUCACAAUUCACGGUGGUAAUAUUGUUAUACAGUGCCAGCCAUAUUUUGACCGUAACAUCGAUGCCAUCAAUUCAACUGUACAGUGUUUAUCCCAUGGAAACUGGACAACACUACGUGCUACACCAUGCUCUCGAGCAUCUGUGGCACCGCUAACAACAGGAAAACCAACAAGGUUAAUACCUACAAUACAGAGAACGAUGUCAACAACGGUAGCUCCAACAACACCGACACCAACGAAUACAUCGGCAUCACCGACAACAUCGGGAAUUUCAUCGGGAACAUCGGCAGUCAUUCAAACCUCAUCGUCAUACAGACUUGGCACCGUGAUCGGUGCUGGUAUUGGCGGGAUGGUUUUUGGGAUAUUGGCAACGACGUUGGUGGCCGUAAUAGUGUAUCGGAAAUUGCAAGGAAAACCGGUGCAGACUGAAGUUCCGAGUCAGACACAAAAUGCAGCAUACGAAGAGGCUAAUAUUGCUGAGAGUUCCCUCACAAAAAGUGAUGCUUACGGCGUUGUAGAAUCCUCCCCACAACCACAGUAUGAAUUUAUCUGCCCACAAUAACUAAUUAUGCACGUUUCAUCCGGCCCUGUAAUACUGGUUGCUUUUCCUCCUUCUCUGAUUCGUUAAAGGUUCUCUCUGAAUACAUUCUUCCAUUUCUACCCUAGUGUAUUUUAUUUAGGCUACAUUUUAAAAAAAGCCUUUUGCAUUUUCUCACUUCGCGGCAUUCGGUACCAUCUUCUAUUAUCAUAUUUUCGCAGAAACUUUCUAUUCCUUCGGCGAGUUUCUUUUCUGGGAAUAUGCCCUUGUUCAUGCCAAGAAUGGUUCACACAUCUUUCAAUUUCAACAUUCUUUCGUUCUAGUUAAACAAUGAAAUUCAAAUGUAUGCUUUCUAGUAACAUUAUCGUUAUCGGAACCCAAAGCUCCUACAUAGCAAACCUCAUUACCAUGCUACAACUAAUGCCCUCUUCGUGAAAGAAGUCUUGUAUUGGUCAUGUCA